GACGGAGACCUGGGCUCUCUUUUUGGUGACGGCGACGACUGCGGCGAUGACGCCGAACUGGCUUCCCUCUUUAUGGAAGCCGGUGCUCUCGCGCCGUGCCACCAGCCCGACUGUGAGCCAGCAACACCUUCACCAAACGAGCGCCCUCAGCAGGCGGCUGAUUUUUAUGCCCAGUUGUCAUUUCCUGAACCGCCUCGCCAGCAGCCGUGCUCGGCGGCGACUCGUGUCACUCUGCCCGCAGUCCCUGAUCCUCCCGAUGCCACUUUAUCGCAUCCGGUUGGACACACUUCAGGCGACCUUGUGGUUAGUACCCAACAAUCUACUUCUCACCCUGUUGGCUCGGCACCCGUGACGGCGCCGCCCGAAGAGUCGCUCGACGAUGCGGCGCUCGAAGCUGAGCUCCAGGGCCUCUGGGAAGCGAUUUCAGCCGAAGAUCAACCCGUUAAUGCAUCUGCAGGGAGCCAAGACAGCCAUGCUUCCCAGGAUGACAGCCAUGCUGCCCGAGAUGACAGCCAUGCUGCUCAGGAUGAUAGCCGUGCUGCCCAGGAUGACAGCGUCAUUCUUCCCACCCAGAUCCCCGGCUUCCGCUACGCUAGCAGCCAGACGAACAGAUGGGUCCGCCUGCCUCGGCGAGUCGAUCUCGACCAACGCUUGGCCACCGACCUGAUGCAUUACAUCACUCUCAACCGAAACACCAAAAUGGAGGAUCUCUACAGCAAUCUUGAGUUGAAUGUCGGCGAGGGCAAGCGACUGUGUGAAGAGAUGAGACAGCUCUUGAAGGAGCCACCUCUCAGCCAACUUGUCGAACACCCCGGCAACACUUCGAUGGAGACCAAGAGAAAUCUCGUCAAUAUCUCAUUCUACGUACUGGUUUACAGGGGGUGGGGCGCCGCCUGGUUCGGUAGUGAUUGCAGAACCGCGAAAUCGCGGACCUUGUUCUGGCCAGCCGACUCUUCCAUUCUCCUGGCCGGUUUCGCCAUGCUUCUCUAUCGGCUUUUCAGAAACCAGAGGCAAAUGCACCAAACCGUGUUGCGGACUCAAGCUCGAAUCCUUGAGUCCUACGCUCAACUGGCUCCGUCGCCGUCACCGACGCGGUCACCCUCAGUCCAGUCACCACCCAGUCCGUGCGACGGCGCGUCCCCCUCUGCAGACGGCGAGGCGUUCUUCGAUGCCCUCGCCAGGGAGGCGGCGACGUCCAAGAAGCGCAAGCUGGCCGAGUCCGUCCUCGGCCUCGCCGGCCCGCCUCCUCCCUACGAGCUCGAAGUCCCGGAGAAUGCCCGGCUCAAGUACUACGUCUACGUCAAAGACAAGACGGACGGCAGCGACCUUGCCCCGCCGAUGAAGUAUCGCCAUACAGAUUGCGUGCUCAUGCGCGGCGCCUUCUCCCGUCUUAAAUCGUGUUUCGAGGCGGUGGAGCAGGCCCCGAUCAUCGAGAUCCAGACGCCGUUUGGGAGAAAGUCGAUCGCGAGCGAGGCAGACUGGGAUCACGCCGUGCUUGCCAUUUACAACGUGAGGCGUGCCGGUGGGGUGGUGGAGGUUGAUGUUUUCGUUUGAGGCGCGCUUUGCUUUACAUGCGAACCAACUGCCGACCAACUGGGCACAGGUUGAGGAGGGAUCCGGCGACCCUGCCAUCUGUGCUCUUGCAGGGGACCUUUCAGGGGAGACUGCGGGGGGACGGGCUCGGGAGUUAUGCUCGGAGAUUCGGGGUUUUGCUGCAGGUAUUUGUUUUGUGAUGAUACCCGGGCGGAGGAGGAACUGGGCGGCGGAGGAAGUCAGUGGAGAGGAGCUUGGGGGAGAGGUGCUCGAGGACGAGGAGCUCCGGGUGAGCAGAUGCAGCUGGGCAUGGCCGUCAAACGGCAUGACGAAUAAUGAGUGAUGAACCUGGCGUUGAGCCUCUAUACAAGGCGUUAUUAUCUGGCAUAAGCGAGGGUCAAAUGGAGAAUACAAUCCAAGUAAUACCUGC